UCCUCAUCCUCCUCUUCCUCUUCCCACCCCUCCGGCCGCACGCCCACUCCUAGGUUAAUCCGCAGGGGCUUAAAAGGUGACUGCCAUCCCCAGCCGUCCCCUGCCUGCACUGGCAGCCAGCAUGUCCCGAGCACCCGGCGGAUUUAUGGUCACCAACAGAUGGGGGGGAGGGGAGGCAGGGAGGCCAGACAGACAGACAACUGGCUGGACAGACGGAGCGCCGCACCGUGCCCACCACCUGCCUUUCCCCACUUGGUGCUGCUGAGCCGGCCCUGGGGAUGCAGAUGGAGCCGGCAGCGGGGUGCCACCCCCCCCGUGCUCCCCCUCCAAGCCUGCCUGGGCUUUAGCCGCUUACGCCGGGGCCUAUGAGGAUUUAGCGGGGGAGGCACGCGGGCGGCGGGGGGGGUGACACUGGCAGAGUGUCGGCGUGUGACGGGGGGCACGGAGGGGGGCAGGGGCCUGCUGGCAUCGGAGGGUCUGGCACGGGGGGUGCUCAGCACUUCGCAGCAUCCAUCUGCUGCUCUGGCAGCCCCAAGGGUGCCCACCCUCAGCAGCACCCCUGGGUGCCGCCGUCCCGGCGCUGCCCGCCCGGUGCCCUUGAGCCCUUGAGCCCUGCCAGCUGAUCGGCUUCCAGGAACAAAAAAAAAAAAAAAAAAAAAAGCAAUUACAAAGAGGGGCGAUGUGCGAGCCAAGUGUGGGGGGGGGGACAGGAAUGUCCCCAGCGGUGGCAGAUGGCCUUACCCAGGGUGCAUUGUUCCUUUUAGUGUCUCUUAUCCGCUGUAAUAGGAUCCCGGAGGGAGGGCUGUGGGAGAGGGGAAGAGCGAGGGGGGCCCCAGCGGGCCGGGGUGGGGGCCGGGGCUGCCAGCCUGGCCCGCGCCCGUCAAGCGGCUCAUUGUUCGCGGCCCGGGUGGCACGGGGCGGCCCCGGCGGCAUGCGGCACUGAGCGGCGGCGGUGCGGAGAGGAACCCCCCAUGUCCCCCAGGCCAUGGCAUCUCCGGACAGAGCGAGCGGCCCCGGAGAGCCGCAGCUCAGCAUCACCCUGACCCUCCGCAUGCUGAUGCACGGCAAGGAGAUCGGCAGCAUCAUUGGCAAGAAAGGAGAGACGGUAAAGAGGAUACGGGAGCAGAGCAGCGCGCGCAUCACCAUCUCGGAGGGCUCCUGCCCCGAGCGCAUCACCACCAUCACCGGCUCCACCGACGCCGUCUUCCGCGCCGUCUCCAUGAUCGCCUUCAAGCUGGAAGAGGACUUGGGUGAUGGGACGGCGGCGGGGAGGACGCCGGUGACGCUGCGUCUUGUCAUCCCGGCCAGCCAGUGCGGCUCGCUCAUCGGCAAGGCGGGCACCAAGAUCAGGGAGAUCCGGGAGAGCACGGGGGCUCAGGUGCAGGUGGCUGGUGACCUGCUGCCCAACUCCACGGAGCGCGCCGUCACCGUCUCGGGGGUGCCGGACACCAUCAUCCAGUGCGUGAGGCAGAUCUGUGCCGUCAUCCUGGAGUCGCCUCCGAAGGGGGCCACCAUCCCCUACCACCCUGGGCUCUCCCUGGGCACCAUCCUGCUCUCUGCCAACCAGGGUUUCUCCAUGCAGGGGCAAUACAGCGGGGUCUCUCCGGCAGAAGUCACAAAACUGCAGCAAAUGUCAGGGCACACCGUCCCCUUCCCACCACUGGGCCACCCACCCUCCAUGGUUCCAGGGCUGGACUCAAACUCCCAAAGCAGCUCCCAGGAGUUCCUGGUGCCCAAUGAUCUGAUCGGCUGCAUCAUUGGCCGGCACGGCAGCAAGAUCAGUGAGAUCCGGCAGAUGUCGGGCGCCCACAUCAAGAUUGGGAACCAGACCGAGGGCUCCAGUGAGCGGCACAUCACCAUCACCGGGUCCCCCGUCAGCAUCACGUUGGCUCAGUACCUCAUCACCACCUGCUUAGAGACAGCCAAAUCUACCUCCCAGGUGCCACUCGGCCCUGGCUCCGUGGACCUCGGCGUGGGCUUCUCGCAGCCGCUCGCUCCGGGCUCUGGUGCAGCGCUGCCUGCUGUCCCCGCCGCCCCCCCGGCUCUGCUGGGCACACCCUACGCCCUCUCUCUCUCCAACUUCAUCGGCCUGAAGCCGCUCUCCUUCCUGGCGCUGUCCCCGUCCUCCGUGGCAGGUGCCAAUGGUGGCACUGCCACCUACACGACCAAGAUCUCGGCGGCCAACGGCACCAAGAAAGCCGACCGGCAGAAGUUCUCCCCCUACUGA